UGACGUUCCAAUGAAGGCUAAGUUGUUUGACGUUUGCUGGCAGUCAUGGCAGCAACUCAAUUCAACUGUUCUUUCCGUCCCUUUUUCUCCUUAGACGGUAGACGCGUCUCUUCCUUGAACAGCCGUCUUUCGCGUACUGAUGUGGGACAGAUGGAGCAAGUCCUCCGUUUGAUCUAACCAACGUUGGUACUUAGUCCCAUAUUUCCUUCCUCAUACGCCCAGUCCCGAUCAUUAAAUCCUCAAACACCUCGUCACAAAUGAUAGCUGCCUCGGACCGCUUUUUUGUGCUAUCACGUUCCCUCAUGUGGCGAUGAUUCGAUCCGGACUAAAGUUAGAAGCCAUCCAUGGCUUUCGGUUGAGUCCAGAUGUCAAGGGCCGUGCAAUGAGGGAGACUGGGUGGGCCGAUGGACUUCGAGGCAUUGCAGCCGCUUUUGUGGUGGCCUCCCAUCUCACCUUAUGCUAUGCACGAGGCCUCGUCCCUCCCUGCUGUGGUCCGGAUGAGGCCACACCACGACUCUUCCAGAGACCAGUGCUGCGACUAGUUGCAAGUGGACAUUCCUGGGUGGCGCUCUUCUUCAUCCUGUUGGGCUUCGUCAAUUCGUUAAAGCCACUUUCCAUGGCAAGGGCAGGCCAAGUUGAUCAAGCACUCGCCAAAUUAGCCCAGUCAUCCUUCAGCAGGAUAUUCCGUCUUGUGCUUCCAGCCGCGGUUGCAACUGUGAUCAGCUGGCUGGUCUGUAAUCUCGGAUUCUACCAGAUUUCAAGGUCAAGUGACGCCUUCUGGUUGAAUGUAAACACGCCGGAGAUGAGUGAUAGCUGGACACUGGCAUUCAAGGACCUCUUGACAGCCUUGCAAGCCACCUGGUUAUUUGGCCAUCAGAACACAUAUGACCAACCACAAUGGGCCAUGGUGUAUUUGUUGCAAGGAAGUGUCAUGACCAUCAGUGCCCUGUCUCUGACGAUCAGCAUGACGCCGGCAUGGAGAUGUGUGGUUCUCUUCUUGCUUGCCAUAUGGUCCAUGAACUGGAGUCACAUCAUUGGAGAUCCGUGGGCUGGAAUCUGUUGUUUCUUUGGAAUCAUUCUCAGCGAGGUUAGCCUCACAACAAUACCUUCAUCCUUGACACAAGUGUCACCAGUGUUGACACCGGUACUCGGCUUGAUUGCAUUGGUGUUCAUGUCCUUUCCUGGCUCCUAUGCCGAGUCCGCAGCAUGGUCCAGGGGUCUGAAGGUCUUUGUGAUCGAGAAACUAGGUCUUGAGGUCGGCGACGCCGUCGAUAGGUUCUACGGCUCGAUCGGAGGAAUUCUGCUGAUAUUUUCUGUCCUCAUCUCGCCUCAUGCCCGGUGGGCGCUGAGUCGCAAACCUCUUCCCUGGCUAGGCAAAGUCAGUUUCGCCAUAUAUCUCCUCCAUGGACUGUUCAUGCGUACUGUCUUCGCAUGGAUACUGCACGUUGGACAGUCUUUGGUGUUGACUUACCAGCAAACUCCAGAAGGUGCAUACUAUCAAGAACCGCGGUACCCAGUACCAAAUUCAUUGCGAUGUGCGGUGGCGACCAUCGUCUUGAUCAUCUGCACCGGAGCCGCAAGUUAUUUCUGGAAUUUGAAGCUCGAACCGAUCUUUGCAAAGACAACGACUCAACUUGAGCAAUGUGUCAGGGGGAAUUAUCCCAAGAUGGGAGCGACCAACGGCUCCAUCCUCCCACUGCGCAAAGACUGACAAUGGAAGGGAUGGAGUGGGGGAGGUUUUGGAUAGAUCCCUCAGUUGAUGGCCCGUACAUAUGUAUUACCUUCUGAUCCCUUCAUUUCACAGAACCCUAUCACCAAUUCGACUCUACGUGUAACAUGAGUAAUGUGCAACAUCUUUCUGAGAUUGCAAGGGGCUUCGGUGCUAUUCUUUUAAUUAUGGUCCGUGGCG